AUGGCCGUUGACCAAGUGAGACAGGACGGGGAGCAGCAUAAAGACGCCACCCGCCCGUCUUUUUCCACCGUCGAGGAGGCACCCGAGCCACCAUCAUCAUCUCCUACCGGCCCUCGCUACGGCUUCUCCCAGUUCUUUGACGGCAUCGGUCUCUCCGGCGGUAGCUUCAAGGUCCUCCCCUCCAUCCAGCAGGUUGCCCUCUGGUUCCAGGCCGCGAGCAUGUCUCUCAUCAACGUCGACCUCCACGCCCUGGCGACGGGCGGCGCGGGCUACCUCGCCUCCAUCAACGCCGCCAACCUCAGCACGCCCGCCAUCUCGCUGCUCUCGUACCAGCCCUCCUUCGUCGACGUCGUCGGCGCCAACGCCACGGCCCGCAAGAUCGCCGACCUGGACUGGCAGGCCUUCCACGAGGGCGGCAUCUACAACAAGAAGGACAACUCGCUGUACAUCUCGUCCAACUACCGCUCCCUCCAAGACAACAUCAACAUCACCGUCGUCUCCCUCGACGACCUCUCCGUCCGCAGCACCCAGUUCCCGGACCUCGCCGAGGCCAACGGCGGCUCGUCGUACUACCCGCCCGGCGCCGACCAGUCCGCCACGCCGCCGAUGCAGGUCUGGUGCGACCAGGGCGACUUCCAGGCCUACUCGAAGCUGCUCGCCGUCGACGUCAACACCAACAAGUCGGAGACGCUCAUCAUCGGCUUCAACGGCCGCAACUUCAGCGCCGUCAACGACGUGAGGCAGCACCCCGUCACCGGCGACCUCUGGUUCACCGACGCCGAGUACGGCCUGUUCCAGCACUUCCGCGGCGACUCCCAGCUCCCGCGCCAGGUCUACCGCUUCGAGCCCGCCACCGGCCUCGUCCAGGCCGUCGCCGACGACUUCCACCAGCCCAACGGCAUCGAGUUCUCCCCGGACUACAAGACGCUCUACGUCUCCGACACGGGCGCCCAGCGCUACGACGCCAACUUCACCCGCCCGGCCACCAUCUACGCCUACGACGUCGUCGGCGGCGGCAAGAGGCUCGCCAACAGGCGCCUCUUCGCCUUCGCCGACAACGGCCUCCCCGACGGCGUGCACACCGACACCGACGGCAACGUCUGGGCCGGCUGCGGCGACGGCGUCCACGUCUGGAACCCCGACGGCGUCCUCCUCGGCAAGAUCCACGUCGGCGAGACCGCCAACAACUUCGCCUUCGCCCCCGGCAAGGUCUUUGUCUUCUCCAACUACAGGCUCUGGGUCGUCGAGGGGAUCAACGCUCUCGGCCGCGAGGUCUGCAAGGACUUUGGCGCCGACAGCGACCCGAGGUGUGCCAAGUAG